GCGGCGCGGCAGGCCAGGAGGCAGCAGCAUGGCUCGUCCCGCCGCGGGGGGCGCAGCCCGUAGCCUCCCGCUCCCGGCGACCCCCGUGCCGCCGCCGCCGCCGCCACCGCUGCUGCUCCCGCUGCUCCCGCUGCUCCUGCUGCUCGCGGGGAGCGCCGGGCUGGAGAUCGAGCGGCGCUUCCCCUCGCCCACCCCGACCAACAACUUCGCCCUGGACGGGCUCGGGGGCAAGGUGUACCUGGCGGCCGUGGACCGGCUGUACCAGCUCUCCGGCCCCAACCUGAGCCUGGAGGUGGAGGAGGUGGUGGGGCCGGUGCGGGACAACCCGCUGUGCCACGCCCCGCAGCUGCCCCAGGCCUCCUGCGAGCACCCCAAGGUGUUGACCAACAACUACAACAAGAUCCUGCAGCUGGACCCCGGGCAGGGGCUGGUGGUGGUCUGCGGCUCCAUCUACCAGGGUUUCUGCCAGCUGCGCCGCCUGGGCAACAUCUCGGCCGUGGCCGUGAGCUUCCCCCCGACGGUGCGGGGCGCCGAGCCGGUCACCGUGUUCCCCAGCAUGCUCAACGUGGCCGCCAACCAUCCCAACGCCUCCACCGUGGGCUUGGUGCUGCAGCCCCCGGCCGGGGGGGUCACGGGCGGCGGCGGCACCCGCCUGCUGGUCGGGGCCACCUACACGGGCUUCGGCAGCCAGUUCUUCCCCCGCAACCAGAGCCUGGAGGACCACCGCUUCGAGAACACGCCCGAGAUCGCCAUCCGCUCGCUCGAUGCCCGCGGCGACUUGGCCAAGCUGUUCACCUUCGACCUCAACCCCUCCGACGACAACAUCCUCAAGAUCAAGCAAGGCGCCAAGGCUCGCCACAAGCUGGGCUUCGUCCGCGCCUUCCUGCACCGGGGCAGCGGCGGCCGGGCGGCCCGCCGGCCGGCCGCCUUCGCCUACCUGGCCCUGAACAGCGAGGCCAACGCGGGCGACAAGGAGAGCCACUCGCACAGCCUGCUGGCCCGCAUCUGCCUGGCCGCGGCUCCCGGGGCGGGCGCCGCCGCCGAGACCAAGAAGCUCACCGAGUCCUACAUCCAGCUGCGGCUGCACUGCGGGGGCCCGGCGGGCGGAGAGGUCUUCAACCGCCUGCUGUCCGUGUUCCCGGCCUCCGCGGGCCCGGCCCGGCCCGAGGAGCUGCUAUUCGGCGUGUUCGAGCGGGCGGCGGGCGGCGGCGGGGGGGCCGGGACCCGCCCGCAGUCCGCCCUGUGCGUCUUUCGCUUCGCCGACAUCGAGGGCGCCAUCCGGGACGCCCGCAACGCCUGCUUCGUGGCCCCCUCGCCGGACGUGGUCACCGUGCUGGACAGCGUGGUCCAGGGCACCGGCCCGGCCUGCGAGAAGAAGAGGAACAUCCAGCUUCAGCCGGAACAAUUGGACUGUGGAGCAGCCCAUCUCCAGCACCCUUUGGCUAUCAUGCAGCCCCUCAAGGCCACACCCAUUUUCCGAUACCAGGGCCUCACUUCUGUGGCUGUUUCCAGUGUCAACAACUACACCGUGGUAUUCCUGGGGACCUCAACUGGGAGACUCCUUAAGAUUAAUCUGAAUGACACCAUGAAGGUUAUCAGCAGGAAGUCCAUUACCAUAGCUUAUGGUGAAGCUGUGCAUCACAUCAUGCAGUUUGACCCUUCAGAUCCCAGCUACCUGUACCUGAUGACUUCCCACCAGAUGGCCCGGGUGAAAGUCGCGGUUUGUGACCAAUACACCACCUGCACAGAUUGCCUGGCUGCGGCUGAUGCUUACUGUGGAUGGUGCACUAUGGAGACCAGGUGUUCCUUGCAGCACGAGUGUGCCAACUCUAGUGAGCUACACUUCUGGACCAGUGCCAGUGAGGGGGUGCAACGGUGCCCGUCUAUGUCCAUCCUGCCCUCAGAAAUCAACAUUGACCAGGAGUACUCGGGCAUGAUCAUUCAGAUCAAUGGGAACAUGCCAAGUCUCAGCGGGAUGGAGAUGGUGUGCGACUAUGGGAACAACAUCUACACCAUGGCCAGAGUCCCCAGCUCAGACUUUAGUCCUCAGAUGGCUUACUGCAACUUCCUCCCAAGGGACCGCUACCCAGUCUUUCCUCCGAACCAAGACCAUGUGACCGUCCAGACGGCCGUGCGAGUCAAUGGCAGGAACAUCGUCUGGGCUAAUUUCACCAUCUAUGACUGCACGCUUACUGGCAGAGUCUACCCUCACACAGUAUGCACCAGCUGCCUGUCGACGAAAUGGCCCUGUUUCUGGUGCAAUGAGCAGCACACUUGUGUCUCCAACUCAUCCGAAUGUGGGAAUGCACUAAACCCCAGGAACAGCACAGAGUGCCCUCGGAUCUUGCCGACGUCGCUGGCUCCUGUACCUACGGGUGGCUCUCAGAGCAUCCUGGUCUCCCUGGCCAAUGCAGAUUUUUCCCAGGGUGCAGCUCUGGAGUGCAGCUUUGGAAUUGAUGAGACAUUUGAAGCCACCUGGGUCAACUCUUCAGCAGUGCGAUGCAGCAAUGUUGUGCUCCACACAAACAAAAAGAGCCAGAUUUUUCCAGUAAACCUUCAGCUGAAGGAUAAACCAGAGAGAUUUAUUGACAGCCCAGAGAUGAUGACAGUGGAGGUGUACAACUGUGCCAUGGGCAGCUCAGACUGUUCCCAGUGCCUGGGGAGAGAAGAUCUGGGGCAUCGUUGUAUCUGGAGUGAGGGCUGCCGACUCUAUACCCAUCACCAACCCAUCACCAUGCCAUGCCCUGCACCCGAGAUCAGGAAGAUCGAGCCCCUGAAUGGACCCCUGAACGGAGGAACUCUUCUAACCAUCAGAGGGAGAAACUUGGGCCGCCGGUUCAGCGACGUGGCACACGCAGUCAGGAUUGGCAGUGUGGAGUGUGAGCCUCUCCCGGACAGAUACACUGUCUCUGAGGAGAUUGUGUGCUGGACUGGAGCAUCUCAGAGUAUCUUUUCGGAUGUUGUGACGGUGAAUGUGAGCAAGGAGGGAAAGUCCCGGGAGCGCUAUUCCUAUGUGCUCCCAGUAGUAUACUCCAUGGAACCAGAUGUCGGCCCCAAAGCCGGAGGAACCAAAGUUACCAUCCGAGGAAGUGACCUAGAUGUGGGGUCUGAGCUCCAUGUCCUCAUCAAUGCCACCAAGCAGUGUACAGAUCUCAUGCGCAUAGACAGCACCAUCACAUGCACCAUGCCAAGCGUGGAGCUGACCACUACAGUGAGAGUCUGUGUCCAGUUUGAGAACAAGUCCUGCAUCAGCAGCAACAUCACUUUUAACUACAUGAAGAAUCCAGUCAUUACAGACAUCAGCCCCAAGAAGAGCCUGAUCAGCGGAGGGAGGGUCAUCACAGUGGAAGGUGAGCGGUUCCAUAUGGUGCAGAAUGUGUCUAUGAUGGUGAGGCACAUCGGAAAGGAGCAGACGAUCUGCAAGGUCCUCAAUUCCACCCUCAUCACGUGCCCCUCCCCUGGGGCCCUGUUCAACAAGUCAGAGCCUGUAGAUUUCUACAUCAAUGGGCAGUGGUACGUCGAAGAUCAAGCGACCCCCGAGGAGCCCGGAGACCUCGAGGAGGCCCUACUCAGCAGCAAAUUCAGCCUGGAGUAUCAUCCUGAUCCACAGUUCUCCACCGCCAAGAAGGAGAAGUGGAUUAAACACCAUCCUGGAGAACCACUGACCCUGGUCAUCCAUAAAGAACCCGACAGCUUGGGCCUGGAGAGCCAUGAGUACCGAGUGAAAAUCGGACAGAUUUCAUGUGAGAUCCAGAUAGUCUCAGACAGAGUCAUUCACUGCUCAGUCAACGAGUCCCUCAGCACAUCCGAGAGGCAGCUGCCCAUUACGAUCCAGGUUGGGAAUUUCAACCAGACCAUUGCAAUGUUGCAACUGGGAGGGAUUGAGACAGCCAUCAUCGUCUCUAUUGUCAUCUGCAGCAUCCUGCUUCUUCUGUCAAUUGUCGGCCUAUUUGUAUUCUGCAACAAGAGUCGUCGGGCUGAACGCUACUGGCAGAAAACGUUAUUGCAGAUGGAGGAAAUGGAGUCUCAGAUCCGUGAAGAAAUCCGCAAAGGAUUCGCUGAGCUACAGACGGACAUGACGGACCUGACCAAGGAGCUAAAUCGCAGUCAGGGGAUCCCCUUCUUGGAGUAUAAGCAUUUCGUGACCCGCACAUUCUUCCCCAAGUGUUCUUCCCUAUAUGAGGAGCGCUACAUACUGCCUUCCCAGCCAUACAACUCCCAGGUGGGCUCACAGGUCCAGGAAACCCAUCCACUGCUGCUGGGAGAAUGGAAAAUUCCUGAGAGCUGCCGUCCCAAUAUGGAAGAAGGGAUUGCACUGUUCUCCACUUUGCUCAACAAUAAGCACUUCCUCAUUGUCUUCGUCCAUGCACUGGAGCAGCAGAAAGACUUCGCAGUUCGAGACAGGUGCAACCUGGCGUCUUUGCUCACCAUUGCUCUGCACGGGAAGUUAGAAUACUACACCAGCAUCAUGAAGGACCUCCUGGUGGAUCUCAUCGAUGCCUCAGCUUCCAAGAACCCCAAGCUGAUGCUGCGGAGGACAGAGUCAGUGGUGGAGAAGAUGCUCACCAACUGGAUGUCUAUUUGCAUGUACAGUUAUCUCCGGGAAACAGUAGGCGAACCCUUCUUCCUGCUGCUCUGCGCGAUAAAACAGCAGAUCAAUAAGGGAUCCAUUGACGCCAUCACUGGUAAAGCCCGCUACACCCUGAAUGAGGAAUGGCUACUGAGAGAAAACAUCGAAGCCAAGCCUAGGAACCUCAACGUGUCCUUCCAAGGCUGUGGCAUGGAUUCUCUGAGUGUGCGGGCCAUGGACACUGAUACACUGACCCAGGUGAAGGAGAAGAUCCUGGAGGCUUUCUGCAAGAAUGUCCCCUACUCCCAGUGGCCCAGGGUGGAGGAGGUGGAUCUGGAGUGGUUUGCAUCAAGCACCAACAGUUACAUUCUCCGGGACCUGGAUGAUACGUCAGUGGUAGAAGAUGGUCGAAAGAAACUGAACACAUUAGCACAUUAUAAGAUCCCAGAAGGAGCUUCCUUGGCCAUGAGCCUGACGGACAAGAAGGACGCCACUCUGAGUCGAGUGAAGGAUUUGGACACCGACAAGUAUUUUCAUUUAGUUCUUCCUACUGAUGAAAUGAUUGAGCAUAAGAAGUCACACAAACAGAGCCAUAGGAAAAAGGUUCUUCCAGAGAUCUAUCUGACCAGGUUGCUCUCAACAAAGGGCACACUGCAGAAAUUUCUAGAUGACCUAUUCAAAGCCAUCCUCAGCAUCCGUGAGGACAAGCCACCCCUGGCUAUCAAAUACUUCUUUGAUUUUCUGGAAGAGCAGGCUGAAAAGAGGGGGAUCACCGAUCCAGAUACUUUGCACAUUUGGAAAACCAACAGCCUACCUCUGAGGUUCUGGGUCAACAUUCUGAAGAACCCCCAGUUUGUCUUUGACAUUGAUAAGACUGAUCACAUAGAUGCCUGCCUUUCGGUCAUCGCCCAGGCCUUCAUUGAUGCCUGCUCCAUCUCCGACCUACAGCUCGGCAAGGAUUCACCAACCAAUAAGCUUCUGUAUGCCAAGGAGAUUCCGGAAUAUCGAAAAAUCGUACAGAGAUAUUACAAGCAGAUUCAUGACAUGCUGCCUCUCAGUGAGCAGGAAAUGAAUGCCCAUUUGGCUGAGGAAUCUCGGAAAUACCGGAAUGAAUUCAACACCAAUGUUGCCAUGGCUGAAAUCUAUAAAUACGCCAAGAGAUACCGUCCUCAAAUUGUAGCAGCACUAGAGGCCAACUCCACAACUAGGAGGACCCAGUUGCAGCACAAGUUCGAGCAGGUGAUAGCCCUCAUGGAGGAUAACAUCUACGAAUGCUGCAGUGAAGCCUAAGGCUCUCACUCCCAGACUGCACCCACACCCCCCCACCCCCACCCCCCAAAGUGACCUUCUACCCAGUGCACUGCUGAUGAUGAGAUGUGUCUUUAAAUGAAGUAUAUAUGUGUGUAUAUAGAGAGAGACAAUAGAUAUCUAUUUUAUGGUGUAUUGUACCUUGAGGAGGAGAGCAGCCCCAAGCCAAAGUCCCAGAAAUGUGUGGUGGAAUGAGAGCCACUGAAGAGGUUUCAUUUGGCUUUUGUGAGACACCAAGGGCCGAAAGAGAUGGGAAACUGCCCCAGCCUCAUCGGGCAGCCCUUUCCAGAGCCAUGCAGAGGGCUUCCUGGGGAGAAGGGCCAUUAACUGGGACAAGUGGCUGGAAGACCUGGCCCCAUCUGAGCCAAAAACAGAAGAGCCUCCUCCCCAACCCCCACACUAUCCUGGCACCAGCAGGGGGGCACUCACCCCUGUAGCCUUCACCACCUCAUGGCUGUGCAUCCAAGGCAGAGGUUGGGGUGGGGGUUUGUUUGGCCUGUACUGUAUAUUGGCAGCUCAACCACUCCUUAUGCAGGGAUGCUGCAGGGCAGACUCAAAGAAUCAGUUUGCUUUCCCUCCUAAUAGUAGAUGACAGAGUCAAAGUGUGUGAAAGCACUUUAAUCCUCUCCCACCCCCAGGGAAAGGGGUGGGUGGUUAUCUGGGGGUGGGGCAGUGAAGGGGGAGGUGGGGGAAGAAAGUGCCAAAUUGGCCCAGCUGUUUCCAAUUAUGAGCAUUCCCCAGAUGCCACGGCAUACACACUCAUUCUGGAGUUUAUCAAUUCUGUUUCAAAUUGUCCUGAAAGAGCACUUUCCAUCCCUCACGGCAACUUGGGGAGGGUCAUUUUACCUUCUCACAAGAAAACAAAUGUGUGUGGUGCAGUGACAGGAGUGGGGGAAGAGAGGGAAAUGUUUCUCUGCUGAGAGUUCCACUCGGGCUGUUGGGAACUGUAAUAUUUUGAGCAAUUGUACUGAUGUCUUCCCCCUGUUGCUGAGGGAUCCAAUGCUCUGGCUCUCCUUCACCACUGGAUAGGUUUCUUUGAGGCUCAGGAUGUGUGAGGGAGGUUGCCAGACAAUCUCAUUGUAAGGGAUCUCUCUUAUGCAGAAAGGGUUCAUGACCCCAGGGUAUCACACUGAUGCAGUGUAAAGAGUUAGUAGCUUCUAGACUCAGGUUCAGCCUUUGUGAGUGAGGCAACCAGUGAGUCUCAUUUUAAGGGAUCUUCCUCAGCCAGGAAGUAUUCAUGGCCUCACACCCCAACUUCCAACUGAAUAUUUUCCCCAUCUUGCCUAUCUUUCCCCCUGCCCCCUGAUGCAGGAAUUCACCUUGUUCUGUCCUCCAAGCUAGAUUCCCCAGAGAGAACUCAAAUAGCUGGAAUAUGCCCCAGAGGAACAGGAGGUGGCUUACCCUGGCAUUAGCCCUCAGCCACCCCUAAGACCAAAGAAGUUGGCACAGGUGGGCCAGGGAAGCAGAGGAAGCGCAUUAGUCCUCAAGGGUUGAAUAAGACCCAAUCCCAGCUGCUGACGACAGCUGUUGGUGCUGUAAUAACAAGUGGUUAUCAACAUCCAACCAAAGUACUACCUCACCCAAGUCAGGUUCUGGAGGAAAGUCUCGGGCAUUUGGAGUCAUUCUUUUUUAAAACAACCCAACUACUAUUAAUUUGGUUCUAUGCAGCAAAAGAGCUUAUCCCACUGGAUAGGCGGUUUAGACUCAUUGCCGUUCCCCCUGACCCCCUUUGCCCAAAGUGCCUGUAGAAUGUUUAUAUGAGGAAUAGGGCAGGCAGCACCCACCCAGCUAGCAAUAGACAAAGAGAACAUAUGGAAACUGUACACCCAGGUUAUUUCACACAGACCUGGAAAUUGGCCAAGAAGAUGGAUCGUGCACCAAAAGGGGCAACAGGGGUCACAGACAAAUGUAGAAGGGGAGCAGGGAGACAACACACCCACUGGGAAUGUCAAAUUGCCUGCUCUGAGAGCACACCUGGAGGAGAGAGAGAACUUUAAGAUUAAUUAAGAGGUUGUAGCUGGGCUACAUUGUACUUGCUAGAGAUAUUUCUUUAAAUAGCAACACUUUAAUAAAAUAAAACCAUACAAAACUGUGAAUAGCUCCCAGAUGGCGCAAAGGGCACCGAAACUGAUUGGAAGAGGAGCUUUGGAAGCGAGGUGGGAGCUGGCACCAUCCUUCUCCCCGCCCCUCAAAACCCAAGUCCGUUCCGAAGGACUCCUGAGAAACAGGGAUCCUCCUGUCAAGACACUGGAAAGGAACCUGAGAGCAGUGGUUCAUCAGAGUCUGUCAGCUCCAGAAACCUGUGGCAGGGAGCAACACAGGUCCCUACUUGGGACCUCUCUUUGACCAAAUCCACAAAGUUUCAAUACAAAAUAAAAAGACACCCCCCCCUCCCCCACCACCAUUCACAUUCUCAGCGAACCAAGCCACUGGUACAGGAAUGGAGCUGGCACCGCCAUCACUCACCACAACCCUUCUUACCUUCGCUUUGCUUUUCUUCCGUGUAUCAGUGUGCAUAAGGUUUCUGUACUGCUGUUUGAGGGAAUGGAGGGUGGGUAGGGGAAGGAAGGGGGUCUUUGGAAACUUCUUUAUAAUAAAAACCAGUUGAGAAAA